AUGCCAAAAACAAAAUGCACAACUGUAUUUUUAUUUUUGUUCUACUUAUUUUUACUAAAAGAAAAUGAGAGUAAAAUUACACAAAGUAUAGUCUACAAUCGGCUACCCAAUGAAUUACUUGAUGAGGCAAGGAAGUUUGGAGCUAAAGGUCAGGAUUGUCCUAAAUGUUUUUUCCCCCAAAUUAUUUUUUUUUCAGCCUACAAAAAUUUCCUGUUCGCCACUGAAAAUGCAACAUCAAGAGAGAGAAUGAAUGUAUAUGAAGACUAUUUCAUGGAGUGUAACACGUUGGGACAUGAACGAGCGGAAAGAGUUUUUCAGUCGGUUUACAACACGAAGCUUACAAAAGAUAUGAAACUUCUUUUAACUCUUGGCUUCAACUCCUUUGCUGCUAGAUUCGUUUCCAUGGAAGCUGACACUUUCAAAGACGGGCUUCGUCAACUGUGUGAGAAAUACGAAAUGCAACUACAGUGUCAAUAUGGAUUUGGCGAGUCCAGAACCGCGAUUUAUUGGAGACUGGACGACUUGAAAAACACCGAUGGUAACCUGCGCAUCUUACUCGACAGACAAUGCCCGGAACCGGAUAUUGAUAAUACGGUGUAUCAUUGUUUUUCAACUGGCGUUGGGGAAUACACCAAGCCGUGUUUUGAGGAAAUGCUGGCCUACAACUAUACGCGGUAUUCAGCGGGGAGAAGAAUAGCAAGAACACAUAUCAAAGCGACAAAAGAAGUAGCAGAGCUCACUGCUAACAAGGAUUUGGAAAACGACGAUGAUCAGUUCCUGUCAAUGAAAGAACACGUUCAAUCCAUCUUCGGUAAAGCGCUUCGAACAAUCGCCGACAUUGAAGGUGAAAAGUGUGAAGCUUUGGAGAAAGUGCUAAAAUGUGUCAUGCCACGUGUUGAGGAAAAAUGCGGAAGAGAAGCUGUCGACAUCAUGCAAUCCAGUAUUCUCGUGGGAUACCUCUCAAUUCAGCGUCGAGAACCAUUGGCUUCCCAGUUCAAAGGAUUCAAUGUGGAAUCUAGUAAAAAAUGUUUGAAGCUCCACGAACAUAUUGAAUAA